GGCACCUGGGAGACAGCAACCAGUCGACUGUCAGCUUCUAUAGAGCAGUCAGUGGACUACACUGGCUUCUAAGUGGAAGAGGCUAUGGAGGAGGCCAACACAGAGGAGGACAUUGAGGCGCUCAUCGACGGCAUGGACUACAUCCCGGGUCACUUCCACCUGGACCUCAACCUCAACUGUGAACCUCAGGGCCCGGGGGAGCUGAGACGCAGGGACACCCACCUGAGGCAGGACAGCCUGUGGGCCGAACUGGAGGCCGAGGCCGGAUCUUUGCAGUACGCCGUCCGCAACCUCCUGGGUCUCCUGGCCUUCCACCUGGACCAUCUGGAGCAGGCUGAGGAGUCCUUUAGGAGCAUCUGCCGGGAGGACCCUGGAAACCUCAAUGCCUGGGCCAACCUGGGAUACGUCUACGACCGCCUGAAGAGGGAGCUGGAUGCCGGGGAGUGUGUGGAGAAGGUGUCCCAGCUGAUGGGCUUGGAGGCUGGGGAGGCCGGCCAAGCGGAGUCCAGGCUUCUGGCGGCCCGGUGUCUGGCAGAGCAGGCUUAUGCUCACCCCUAUGAUGUGGAGUUGGACAAAGAAGAGGACCUGAGAGAGAGACUGACUGCUGCGCUGACAUUGUACAACCGAGCCCUACACUACGGAGGGCAGCUGAUACCGACAGAAGAAAAAAGAGGCUGGUAUUUCAAGAUGGCGACGAUUUACAUAAGACUUGAUGAUAUAGUAAAGGACAAAGAGGAUUUCAAGUGUGCCAGACUGUCUUACUACAACAAGGGCUUGAAGCUGCUUGCAGAGACCUUGAAUUCCGAAAACACACAACAUAAAGCUCUUGCCUGGUGUUACGUUGGCAUCCUGCUGGAGAAGAAGGACUUGUUCACCACUGUCCCCAUGUCUGUGCAUGACUGUGGCUUCUCUGGCUCAGAUCCCCUGUCCUGCUAUGGAACGGCUAUAAAACUAGCCAAGGAUGAUGCAUUCAUCUUGAACCGCUUGGCCAAGGUGUUCGUCCUACUGGGUAAACACGAAAUGGCCACAGGGAUCUGCAACAUGGCGCUAAACGUGUUGCCUGACGCCGAACUCAACUGGCAGGCCUACUGCACACGUGCAAAGAUCAACGUGACGGCUUACAUGAGGGAUCUGGAGAGAGCCAAGCAGGACCAGGCUGGGAUACCUGACAGACACAAUCUGACGGCGGCUAAGGCAGACCUGGAGAAGGUGCUGGUCGUCAGGCCCUGCCUACGCACACACCUGGAGAUGGGACAGGUGUAUUACUACAUGGGCGUGGAUGCCGUCCAGGAGAGUCUGCUGGUGGACGAGGGGGCUUUGAACAACGCCCUGGUGAGUCUCUCCCAGGCCCUGCAGUGCGACCUGGGCGACAGCCUGCCCGACCUCCACCUCCUCAGGGGGCGCUGCCUCCUCCUGAAGGGCGAGGAGCAGAACGCAGCCGACUGCUUCAAGAGGGCCCUUGAUCUGGAGCGUCCGGGCAGUGGGGACACGUCUGCUCUGCGCUGUCUCCUGGAGGCCCUCCUGGCCCUGUUUGCCCAGAGUGGCCCCGACCCCGGCCCCGCCAUCAGCCAGCUGGAGGUGUGGGUGCGGCGAGCCGAGGAGAGGUACGCGGAGGACGCGGUGGAGGCCGAGCUGAGGUAUCUCUGUCGGACGCACACGGCCGAGGUCACAGAACUCUCCAGGGCUCUCAUCAGGGGAGGAAGGCUUGACCUUGUCAAAAGGCUGCUCAAUAGUGUGCAGCCCAACCGCACUGCCAGUAAGAAAGUAUUGGCAAGGUCUAUGUCUAUUUGAAGAGGGAUUCAAUCUUUCACCAAGAAUGGAAAAUAAUCAGUUUCUCCUCAGAUGAAUUGCAAUAAAUAUGUUGGCCAUUACAAUGUUCCCUAGGAGUUUUUUCAUUUUCUAUAAAAGAGAAGAAAUUGUUUGUUUCUUUGUAGCUAUUCGGAUAUAGGUAUCUUCUUAUUAUUCGGAUAUCUUCUUAGCAUGACCCACUGCAGUAACUAAGAACCCAGAAGAACUAGAUCUAGACAGGCAGCUAUACACCAAUGUAUUACACUGAAUAAAGAAAACAAGAAAGUAGAUUAAUGUUCAAUUUCAGCACAAUGCAUGUAUGUAAAAACAAAUAAGAGGUUUUAAUUUACACUGUGCACAGAUCGAGUUGAUUUAUACCAGUUAUGGAGAUUUCAUAUGUUGACGAUAAAAUAAAAGUUUAAUUAUACUAUA